CUUACCCCUCUUCUAGGAAAAAUACCGAAUAGUGGGAAUAUGGGUUUCCUUGGGAUUCUUGUACAAGUCACUUGGGUUGCUGUGAUGUUAUCUGAAUUGGCAGCCGCCGCAAUAGCAUCUCCAAUAGCGCUGCCCAACUGCCCUGACAAGUGUGGAGAUGUGGAAAUUCCCUAUCCUUUUGGCCUAAGAAAAGGUUGCUCCAUAGAUCAAAACUUUCUCAUCAAUUGUACCAACUCGUUCGGCGCAACUCAACCAUUUCUUCUGGGAGACUUGACGGCUACAAACUUUUCCCUCGAAGGCCAGGCUAACAUCUUGAUGUAUAUGGCCAAGGACUGUUAUAAACAUGGUGUGCUGGAUCAGGAUCCUAGCAUAUGGACAUCAGUGUAUCUCAACUCGAGCCUCAAUUUCACCAUCUCUAGCACUCAAAACAAGUUCAUUGUCGUUGGCUGUGACACUGUUGCAUACCUUGAUUUCCAGCAAGAUAAAGAAAAUUUCUCAACCGGCUGCGUUUCCGUUUGUGAAAGCAGUAGGUACAUAGUCAAUGGGUCUUGCUCUGGUGUUGGGUGUUGCGAGGUAGAUAUUCCUAAUGGGUUAAAUUAUGUUAUUUUGGAAUCCCGCAGUUUCAAUAAUCACACAAAAGUAGGGGCUUUCAAUCCUUGUGGCUAUGCAUUUAUUAGCCAACAAACCACGUUCAAUUUCUCCAUCGAUUCCCUUCACAGUCUACAACACCAAAAUAUGACGCCGGUAGUUCUUGAUUGGGCGAUCGGUACUGAGACAUGUAAAGAUAUCGUGAACAAAUCAGGUUACACAUGUGGAGGUAAUAGCACUUGCAUCGAUUCCGACAACGGGUCUGGGUACCGUUGUAAGUGCAUGGAAGGCUACCAUGGGAAUCCAUACCUCCAUCUCGGUUGCCAAGACAUUAACGAAUGUGAAAACCCCAAUCAUUGCAAGCUCCCGGGAGAAAAGUGUAUUAACGUACUAGGGAAUUUUACUUGUUCUUGCAUCAAGGGGUACCAUUUGGACGUAAGUGCAGGAAUCUGUGUUACCAAUCAAUCAUCACGUCUAGUUACCCUCUUAGUUGGUAUUGGCAUAACCUUCAUAGUUGUGCUUGUUUGUAGCUCUUGGUUGUAUUUGAUAGUUAAGAAAAGACAGUUGAUCAAGCUUAAACAAAGGUUCUUUGAACAGAAUGGGGGUUUAAUUUUACAACAGAAACUCUCUAAACAAGAAAAUUCAGCUGAAACAACCAAAAUCUUCACCAUGAAAGAGUUGAAAAAGGCUACCAACAAUUAUGAUGAAACUCUAAUCAUUGGCCGGGGAGGGUUUGGUACAGUUUAUAAAGGAAUUUUACCAAAUAAUAUGAUUGUGGCCAUCAAGAAGUCAAAAAUAGGAGAUGAAAGCCAAAUUGAGCAAUUCAUCAAUGAGGUAGUUGUACUUUCCCAAAUUAAUCAUAAGAAUGUGGUUAAAUUAUUAGGUUGUUGUUUGGAGACACAAGUUCCUUUACUAGUUUAUGAAUUCAUACCCAAUGGUACUCUCUUUGAGCACAUUCAUCAUGAAAGUAAGGUGUCCACCAUAUCAUGGGAAACUCGUCUUAGGAUAGCUGCAGAAACAGCAGAAGCACUAUCAUAUUUGCACUCUGCAGCUUCUCCACCUAUAAUCCAUAGAGAUAUCAAGUCUUCAAACAUAUUGUUGGAUAGUACUUACACAGCAAAGGUAUCAGAUUUUGGAGCUUCAAAAUUGGUUCCACUAGACCAAACACAAUUAGCUACAAUGGUGCGAGGAACUUUGGGUUACUUGGAUCCUGAAUACAUGCAAACAAGUCAAUUGACAGAAAAGAGUGAUGUUUAUAGCUUUGGAGUGGUCCUCGUAGAGCUAUUAACUGGAAAAAAAGCUCUUUCAUUUGAUAGGCCCGAGGAAGAGAGAAGUGUAGCCACAUAUUUUCUCUCAUUUUCCAAGGAUAAUAGAUUGUUUGAAGUUCUUGAAAAACAUAUAGCAAAUGAAGAAAAUGUUGAGCAACUAAAGGAAGCUGCAAAUCUUGCGAAGAUGUGCUUAAGAUUGAAAGGGGAGGAUAGGCCUACUAUGAAGGAAGUAGCAACAAAAUUGGAGGAUUUAAGAAAGAUGGAGAAGCAUUCCAGAGACAAUGUUGAUUCUAACUCAGAAGAAACUAAAUUCUUGCGCACCAAGACAUCAGAUUCUCUCAAUUAUGAUGUUGAUAAUCAAAGUGCUGAUGUGAAUGAUACUGUGAGGGACCAUGCAGCAUUAUUGGAUUUUGACGAUGGGAGAUAAUCUUAUCUUGAUAGCAUAUCCUUGGUAGAUAUAAUACAAUGUGGUUAUUGUAUGCUUUCUUGUAUUUG